UUUUUUCAAGCUGUCAGAUUGUAUUUAGAAAAACUCUCGCCAGACUUGCUUCUUUCUGCCUCCGAUCGAAAUUAAAAACCGAAAUAUCUCUAGCUACAGGCCGUGGGCCAGCAAAAAAAGUGGAAUCUCCGCCAUUACAUCUAGCAGUCGGUGUGGAACAUCAAAGAAAGUGGCCUGCUGGUCCGGAAAAUAAGCGCCCAAAGGCUGGAAGAAAAUCGGUGCUUUCUUCGCGAGUCAAAGUGGGGCAUCCUUCCGAUCUUUCCCUUUGAAGCAAUUUACGACGUUUGUGAAUGGUGAUUUUGAUUGUUUCGUCCGAGUGCUUUGCGGAACUUCGAAACAGCAGCUGAAGUUGGUAAUUUUCUAGUGUUGGAUUGGUGUUUGUAGCGCGACAUUGUUCGAGAUUAUUUCGAAGCAACGGGAACCAUCCGGGGUUGAAGUGGAGAAGUUUUGUGGAUCGCCCCCACCCCCUCCACUGUUUUAAGAUUUAUUGAAUUUCAUUUGCAUAUACUUCUACAUAAGUUCGGUCAUGUUUUAAACCAACCAAGCAGCAAACAAUGAGAACCAAAAAAACUGCGAAGCUUUCGGAGAAGGUCGACAAAGAUGACGAUGCGAAGAAGUUGUCGAAAGAUGACGACGAGGAGCAGGUCACACAAGACGAUCUUCCGACCAGCAAUGGUAACGCGGAGGAAGAACCUUCGGAUAGUGUCAUUCUGAUCGACAAUGAAUCGACUACCGAAGGCGCCAAAGAGAAUGGCAACGAUGCCAAUGACAAAGAAAAUGAAGCUGCAGAAAACAGCUCGCCAAAAGAGGACAAACCAGCGGAAUCAGCAGAAAAGGAAACUGCCGAGAAAACAGUUAAGCCAUUGAAAGUACUUCGGCUAGUUUCCAUUGAGAAAUUGAUGAGGCCAAGCCUUCUACCAAGCGUAAAAGAAGAGAACUCCAACAAAAAGUCCAUUCUGAAGUCCAGUUUGACUGAAAAACCCACCAGCAAACGAUCGAAAAAUGCAAGUGUGAUAGAAAUCAGCGACUCCGACGAAGACGAUGAGGCACCUUUGUCGAAGAAGAUCAAAGCUGAGAAUGACUUUGUUCAAAACUUGUCCAGUGAUGAUGACGUGAUUCCGAUCAAGAGACAAGUAACCCAAAAAGCCAAAAAGGCUGGUAAAAAAUUGAUUGACGACGAUGAGGAAGAUGAACCUGUGGCCAAACGACAUAACAAAGCAGCUAAGGCUAGUAGUAGCAAGCAGAAGCAACCGAGUGUCCCAGAAGGCUGCAAGAGCUUAACAGUGCAGGCGCAGAAACUGCCCUCGGAUUUGAAGUCGUUUAUGGAAGAGCACAGCUUGAGCAGUAUUCUCGAUCGUAGAAAUCGUGAGAUCACUGCGUUCAAAUCGACCACAAACCACUACGGCGAAUUGGGCCGUCGGCGGAAGUCGGGUGGGGCAGAAUCAAGCAAGUCGAGAGCAAAGGAUGGCAAGAAGAGUAGCAAAGCUAUUAUGUCAAGUGAAAGUGAAAACAACGACUCGGAUGAACCAAUCGCGAGCAUAAUCUCUAAAUCAGACAACAUUCCCAAAAAUAAGACUAUGUCCAAAAAGUCGACACGGUCCAGGCGUCAGCUGAGCGAAAGCGACGACGACGAUGACAGCGACUUUGCCGACUCGAGUGCCAGAAAGGGGAAGUCUUCCGAAGCGGAGAGGAAAUCUCGUGGACGAGGUAGACCGCGGCGGAAGCAAUCAUCGGACGACGAUGAAGCCGAAGAGGAAGACAAAAGUGGAAGUGGUUCGGACGACUUCGAAGAGGAGAAGUCUCAGCCUAAGAAGAAACGAUCGCGGAUCAAGAAGAACUCGUCUUCUUCCUCGGAUGAGGAUGGAACCAAGAAGAAGAGUAAACGCGCCAAAAAGAAUUCCGACAGCGAAGACGAGGAUGAUUCGCCUACAAAAGGUCGUAAGAACAUCCGAAAGCUGUUGAAAAAGUCUGCCCUGGAGCAGACGACUAAAGAGGCUGAACAAGAGGAGAAAGAACGCAAGCAGCGUAUCGCCGAACGGCAGAAACUCUACAACCAAGUAUACGACGAAAAGCCAGAGGAAGUCAAGGAGAUUAAGCAGCUGGUGCUGGACUUCGAUGAGAAAACGAAGGAACCACUUCUGGAGGUCGAUCAGAAACUGGUGAAGAAACUGAAACCGCAUCAGGCAAACGGUAUAAAGUUUAUGUUCGAUGCGUGUUUUGAAAGUUUGGAGCGGGCCCGAGACAAUAAAGGAUCCGGUUGCAUUCUGGCGCACUGUAUGGGUCUGGGUAAGACUUUGCAAGUGGUGACGUUGUCUCAUACCCUGCUCGCCAACUCAGAUGCUACCGGAGUUGAACGGAUAUUGGUCGUCUGUCCGCUAUCGACUGUACUUAAUUGGGUGAAUGAGUUCCGAAUCUGGAUGAAACAUGUUAAGAAGGGUACCGAGGUUGAAGUGUACGAAAUUUCAAAAUAUAAGAACAAUGUCGUACGUGCCAAUCAGCUGAUGGAAUGGCAUAAUGAGGGGGGUGUCAUGGUCUUGGGAUACGACAUGUUCCGAAACUUAUCCAACCAGACAACAGGGCGUAUUCGAAAGAAAGUCCGAGAAUCGCUGCAGACAUCUUUGAUCGAUCCUGGUCCAGAGAUGAUCAUUUGCGACGAAGGUCAUCUGCUGAAGAAUGAGAAGACAUCGCUGUCAAAAGCGGUCAAUCGGAUCAAGACCUUGAGGCGCGUCGUGUUGACCGGAACACCUAUCCAAAACAACAUGAAAGAAUACUACUGUAUGGUGCAGUUCGUGAAGCCCAAACUCCUCGGAACGUACAACGAGUACAUGAACCGAUUCGUGAACCCCAUCACCAACGGUCAGUACACCGAUUCGACGCCCUACGAUAUUCAGCUGAUGCGAAAGCGAGCCCACGUGUUGCACAAACUGCUGGAUGGAUGCGUGCAGCGGCGGGACUAUGCGGUACUGGCUCCGUUCUUGCCCCCGAAGCUCGAAUUUGUCGUGUCGAUUAAGCUAACCCCUCUGCAGUGCACGUUAUAUAAGUAUUACAUGGAGACGCAGGCUCGUAAACAAAAUAACGAGGAAAGCAAACGGGCGUCGGUGUUGUUCUCUGAUUUCCAGAAUUUGCAGCGAAUCUGGACGCAUCCGCGCGUUCUUCGCUACAAUAGCGAUCGUUAUGAAUACAUGCAGCAGAAAAAGCGCGACAUGAUGUCGGACGAUGAGGAAUCUCUUGGCUCAAUGAAAGACUUUCUGGACGACGAAGAAAGCGAAGCGGAGGAUACUCCAUCUGACUCCGAGUCGGACUCGAGCGCCAAUAGCAGCGAUGAUAGCGACGCCAGUCACAAGAAGAAAAAGUCGAAAAAGAAGAAAGAUAAAAAGUCAUCAUCGUCGUCAUCUGCGGCUGCUGCUCUCCGAAGAACCCGCAACAACCCGGAUGUUGAAGAGGAAGAUCUUCCAGAAGUUCAGGAGCAGAAAAACGAGAAUCCUACCGAGUGGUGGAUGUCUAUGGUCCCCGAGGAGGAGUUGGAUAAUUUGGAACAUUCAGGAAAACUGCAGGUGCUAUUUGAAAUUCUCAAGGAGUGCGAAGCCAUUGGCGACAAGCUAUUGGUCUUUUCGCAAUCCCUUUACUCGCUGGAUGUAAUCGAGCACUUCCUGGCCCUCGUCGACGACAACACUCAGAAGGAUGAAAGCGAACGUGAUAUCGAACUGGACAAGUACCAAGGUUCGUGGACGCUGGGAUUGGACUACUUCCGAUUGGAUGGAUCCACCGCCAUCGAGAGUCGAAACGCCUCAUGUAAGGUGUUCAACGAUGACAGCAACCACAGAGCAAGGUUAUUCCUCAUUUCCACCAGAGCCGGAGGGCUGGGCAUCAAUCUCGUAGCAGCUAACCGUGUUGUGAUUUUUGAUGUUUCGUGGAAUCCCUCCCAUGACAUCCAGAGCAUAUUCCGAGUGUACCGGUUUGGCCAGACUAAACCCUGUUACAUUUACCGGUUUCUUGCUAUGGGCACAAUGGAGGAAAAAAUCUACGAGCGGCAAGUUACAAAGCAAGCUAUUUCCAAGCGUGUCAUCGACGAGCAGCAAAUCGACCGACAUUACAAGGAAAAUGACUUGCAGGAGCUUUACCGCUACGACAACAUUGAACCGGAAGAGGACCGCCCGAUGCCGAAUCUGCCCAAGGAUCGACUGUUUGCCGAAAUGUUGAAAAAGUUCGACAAGCUGCUUUACAAAUAUCACGAGCACGACUCGCUACUGGAGAACAAGGAGGAAGAAACGCUUAACGAGGAAGAACGUAAGGCCGCUUGGGAGGAGUUCGAGCAGGAGAAGAAUCGUCCGCCAGUUCCUAACUACGGCAUGGGAGGUUAUGGCAUGAACACGAAUAUGGGAAUGGGUAUGGGCAUGGGACGUGCAGCGAAUGGUCCUGUUACUUCCAGCAACAUUUUCGGCUUCAGGACGGACGUUCUGCUGAAGUUGUUGAACAUGAAGGCUCGGCAGGAUAAUCCCACAUUCAACGAUACCAGUAUCGCCGCAAUGAUUCCAUUCCUGAUGCAGGAACUUCUCCGGCAGAUGAAAGAUGGUGAUAUAUCGAUGUACAAAAGUUUGAUGGAUCUGUACUACCAACUUGAAACCCCGCAAAACAUGUACCCAAGCAUGGGUUACAAUCCGAUGAUGAUGAUGCCACAGCAGCAGGUACCAAUGAUGCAGCAGCAGCAGCCACAAAUGCAACGGCCGAUGAUGUCCGGCAGUUUGAAUCCAAUGGCCGUUCCCAACUCUGGCGCCUACUCGAUGGACCAAAUACGGUACCUUCGAGAACAGGAACAGAUGCGGUACAAUCAAAUGAAUGAAGCUGGCAGCAGUAGAGUCAAUCGCGGUACUAUCAUCAGCGAAGCACAAAAACGAUUCAUGAAUAACCCCAUGGAAGUAGUAGAAUUAGAUUAAGCGGGGUAACACCUGGUAAUUUAUUAUCUAAUCUAAUUACCCUCAAUACACACCAUUUAACCACAAAUAGGACAAGUCUAUUGUAGCCCCAAUCCCACAAAAGGUAUCCCAGUAAAAAGAAACAAAAAAAAAUGAAACAGAUUUCGAUUCAUGUGAGCAUGGUCAAAAUUGGAUCUCGAAUUUAAAUGGGUCGUCGUUUUAACUUAGAACAAAUAACAAAACUGACUGCUGAUAUUAGGACUGUAAAAAUAUUGCACCUGGUAGACACUCUAAUUUCACACAACCUCCUCAAACCGAUUGGAAACCGUUAUCCAUCCCCGACUGAAAGCUAACAGACGAGUUCUGAUAUACUUUUCGCGAUGAGGACAAACCGCUCCUGAUUAGGUACGUAUUUAUAAUGGACCGAAACUUUCCUUGGAUGCCCCCUUCCCACUUCUCUCCAGAACGUAGCGAAGCAACUUGAGUACGUAACGGUAUGGAAGAACUUCGUAAAUUGACACACCAUGUAUGUGUACGUGAAAGUGGCUCAUCCCCCUGUCAUUCGGUUUAUUGAAUCAAAUGUGCAAAUAAAUGAAUGAUCAUUUCGACGGA